AUGGCUUGUCUCAAGUUUCCCGAUGUCACCGUCAUUCGUGAUGGAGACUUUCUGGAGAAUGUCAACAUAAAGUUUGUGCGUGUCCUUGCCCAGAAGAAGAAUUUUCAAGUUCUGGAAGCUUCCAUGAAGAACGACGACUCCAUUAGUAAGGCAAUCAAGAAGAUCCCUUACCUGGACAGUAAAGGACGACAUCGAGAUUUAAAGGACAGCACCGAGGAGUUGACCAUCAUGCACAACGUUCAGCACCCGCACCUCAUGAAGAUGGACUGGGUGGUCACGUGUGACAGCUUCCUGGCUAUCUGUAUGCCUCUGUGUUCUCAGGGAUCUUUGGAUGGAUUGCGUCACUCUCUCCAACGGGACCAAGUGGAACGGGUUUUCGUGCAAACCGCCUGUGCCCUGAGAUAUCUCCACGUCCAGCGCUGUGUACACGGGGACGUGAAGCCAGCCAACAUCUUCCUAGACGUCUCCGACAAUGCCAACCUCGGGGACUUUGGUUGUUCUCGGAUCUUACCUGAUGGAAAAAACACAAUGGACGCAUACGCACUGGGAGCCACACUGUGGUCACUGGUUUUCCGACUCGAACCAGCAGACCUGGAUCUACUGGACUCCGUGAGGAAUGCUUCUCUGCCAGAAAUGUACAGAAAAGUUCUGCAUGGACAUUUGCGCAGAGAUCCUCAGAAGCGACUGUCUGUUUCCGGCCUCUUGGAGUUCUUGUCUACUCGCGAGAAGCUCAGGGGAAUUAUGGAGAGUUUGUGA